AUGAACGCGAUAGCACAGCAAAAUAAUGAUGACUUUAUCAAUGUGAGCUAUUUAACUUCAAUAUGUCUACUGUAGUUUAUUAUUGAUCCAACAAUUGCUGUCACUCAGGGUAAGGUCGUUGAAGAAAAAGACCUUUCACUGUUGAACUAGAUAGAAUAAGCAAUAUAUAAAAAAGACAGGAUAUUUAAUAUUAUCUACAAAGAUCUUAUGAGGUCUGAUGAGAUAGCUAUUGCUCUAAAAAUUUAGCUUAUAACUGAGAUUCUGCUUUAAACAGACUCAUUUAAGUAAAUCACAAAAUAAAGAGUUGGUUAAUUUAACAAAACACUGAUGAUGCUUUUGCAAGAGCAUUAGAUGAGAUUCUUACUUGGCCCAAGAGUAAUUUAGCUUUUGUAACUUUUGAUUACAAAAUGCCCGAAGGCAAAAAAGAUUUAAGGGAAUAAAGCAUUUAUUGAUGCGGCCAAAGAAUUCUUAAGAGGGUAUUUUAAACAAUUAGAUUUGAAUGUUGAAAGCGACAAAGAAAAUAUUCAAAGAUUGAUGAACUUUUCAAAAUCACUAAUAUAAAAUUCAGAUGAUUACAACAAUCUUCUAGACGAAUUUAAGUUAGAUAAAUUAGUGAUUUAAUUAGUUUCUAAGGAAUGCUUCAGCAAUUUUAUCACAUGA